UAUGAUUAGAGCCUAUGAAUCUGUAAAUUUUUGUAAAGUUUUAUAAAUUGCAAUGGACAAAGAUUCAGAUUCUACAGUUACCUCUCUGGAUGAAAAUACGGAAAACUUUUGCGCUAACCACACACGCGAUAUCUUGGCCGAGGGUAUAACAAACCUGUUUAAGCCCACUAUCGAGAAGCUUGACGAACGUGUUGCCUCAACAAUACAAUUGCAGUCAGAGUUGCGUGGACAACUGGAGGCCUUGUCAGCUCAAUUGCGGGACAUUGAGAAGGCACAACAUCAAAUACCCGAGUUUGCGGAUAAGGUCAAGGAGCUGCUUAACGUAAAACAAAAGGUGACAAUCAUAAAUAACGUGCUGUCAACAAGUCAAGAGCGCCUAACCGGACUGCACAAGCUUAUUGAGAAGGAGCAGCGGCGUCGACAGGCACUGCUAGACUCAGCGCUUAGCACAAACAUAUCAUAGACAAUAUGGAGACACCACACA